GGCGCCCCCUGGCGCCGGAGAGCGCGGGCGGCUGGGGAAUGGCUGCUGCCAUGGUGCCGGGGCGCAGCGAGAGCUGGGAGCGCGGGGAGCCUGGCCGCCCGGCCCUGUACUUCUGCGGGAGCAUUCGCGGCGGACGCGAGGACAGGACGCUGUACGAGCGGAUCGUGUCUCGGCUGCGGCGAUUCGGGACAGUGCUCACCGAGCACGUGGCGGCCGCCGAGCUGGGCGCGCGCGGGGAAGAGGCUGCUGGGGGUGACAGGCUCAUCCAUGAGCAGGACCUGGAGUGGCUGCAGCAGGCGGACGUGGUCGUGGCAGAAGUGACACAGCCAUCCUUGGGUGUAGGCUAUGAGCUGGGCCGGGCCGUGGCCUUUAACAAGCGGAUCCUGUGCCUGUUCCGCCCGCAGUCUGGCCGCGUGCUUUCGGCCAUGAUCCGGGGAGCAGCAGAUGGCUCUCGGUUCCAGGUGUGGGACUAUGAGGAGGGAGAGGUGGAGGCCCUGCUGGAUCGAUACUUCGAGGCUGAUCCUCCAGGGCAGGUGGCUGCCUCCCCUGACCCAACCACUUGACUUAAUCUUUCUUAAAUUCUUCUAUUCUCAGACAUUGCUCUAGUACCAUUCCUUCCUCUUAGCCCCAGGAGCAAAUUAAAAGGUACAGUUAAAAUCCUAA